AUGUUAGACCUGGUGAUAAGCGUCCAGUUGUUACUUCAACGUCUAAAUCCGUCGAAGGCCAGUGGCCCAGACUACAUUGCUAAUAGGCUACUCAAGGAAGCAGCACAUGAGAUUGCCCCAAUACUCACUGCAAUAUUCCAACAAUCAUAUGAGCAUGGUGAACUACCAGCAGAUUGGAAGGAAGCCAGGGUUACCCCAGUAUUCAAGAAAGGUGACCGGAAUGCCAGUGAGAAUUACCGACCAGUAUCAUUAACCUGUGUGUCGUGCAAACUUAUGGAGCACGUCGUAAGCCGCCAUAUCAUGGACCACCUUGAUCGCUAUAAGAUCCUCUCAGCCUACCAGCAUGGCUUCCGUAAGCUUCACUCAAGCGCUUCUCAGUUCCUGAUGACCACCCACGACUUCUUGAGUUUCUUUGAUCGUAAGGUUCAGGUGGAUGUUGCAGUAUUAGACUUUAGUAAAGCUUUUGACACCGUAACCCACCUGCGACUCAUGAAGAAAUUACAUCAGUAUGGCAUCAGGGACACAAGCUUAACAUGGAUCAAGGAGUUUCUCAGCGACCGGACCCAACAAGUCGUCAUUGAUGAAGUUUCAUCGGAUAAGGUGAAGGUGGAGUCUGGGGUACCUCAAGGCACUGUCUUGGGCCCUCUACUCUUCUUACUCCACAUUAAUGACCUUCCUGACGCCGUCGUAUCCCAAGUGAGGCUAUUCGCCGACGAUUGCCUGAUCUACAGAGAGAUCCGAUCGAUCGCUGACCAGAUAGAGCUCCAGCGAGACCUGGAACGCCUUCACGACUGGGCAUUAACUUGGGGCAUGCGAUUCAAUACAAAGAAGUGUAACAUACUCCGAAUCCAUCGACGAGCUGGUACUCCAUUGUCCUUCUUCUACGAGUUGGAUAAGCAUAUCUUAGAGGAAGUGACCACCACUAAGUACCUCGGCCUGAACUUCUCUUUCAACCUAAAAUGGGACGACCACAUCAGUGCGAUUUGCGCAAAGGCCAACAGCACACUUGGUUUUCUACGCCGCAACUUGAAAUUUGCUCCAAAAACACUCAAAAAGGUUGCAUAUAAGUCAUUAGUUCGCUCAAAAUUGGAAUUCGCAUCUAUUGUUUGGGAUCCUUUCCUGGUCAAAAACAUUGAUGUUGGAAAAAGUUCAGAGAAGGGCAGCCAGGUUCGUAUGUAG